UGCGCAAAAAAAGAGGUCAUCGCAUCGCAAAAUAUGGCGGAAUCUGUUGUGUGCAGUGUGUUGGUUAUUUGUGAUUUGAAGUAAAUUGCCCUUUAUAGGGCUUAAAUUAAUAUCACAAUGUUUGUGUUCUUGGUGUUAUAAUAUAUUUGAACGUGAGUCAAAGAAACAUUGGUGAAAAUCGUAAGAAUUGUCAGACAUCAAGAUUUUCUUUUUGACAGUUUGGAAAUUUGUACAGCAUGUCGUCAUCAACUUCUACUACUAGUACCACGACAUCUUCAUUAGCUAGUUUAGUGACAAAUUCCGCAGGGGCCGUUAUGGCUACAGAUCACGUCCAUUCGGCACCUUCGGAACCCAUAUUUCUUCAAACUAAAUUAGCUCAGGGCGUUGCGGGAGUAUUUGUAUGGGCUGCUCUGUUGGUUACUUGUACACAGAUUUAUCAACAUUUGCGAUGGUACACGAAUCCAACAGAACAGCGAUGGAUAGUGAGAAUUUUAUUUAUAGUACCUAUCUACGCGACGUACUCAUGGAUCAGUCUUUUGUUCUUCAACUCGGAGAGCUAUUAUGUCUACUUUUUCACCGUGAGAGACUGUUAUGAAGCUUUCGUAAUAUACAAUUUCCUGUCGCUUUGCUAUGAAUACUUAGGAGGUGAAGGCAACAUCAUGUCGGAAAUUCGGGGCAAACCUAUUCGCUCUAGUUGCCUUUACGGAACGUGUUGUUUGAACGGCAAGACAUACACGAUCGGUUUUCUCCGAUUUUGCAAACAAGCGACUUUGCAAUUCUGCCUAGUAAAACCAGUAAUGGCUUUCGUUAUAAUAAUCCUGCAAGGUAUGGGACACUAUCACGACGGCGAUUGGAGUCCAGACGGCGGCUAUAUUUACGUAACAAUUAUUUAUAAUAUUUCCGUGUCUCUUGCCCUCUAUGGACUGUUUUUAUUUUACUUCGCCACUAGAGACCUUCUGACGCCGUUUGAGCCCGUUUUGAAGUUUUGUACAGUCAAGUCUGUGAUUUUCUUGUCGUUUUGGCAAGGGGUUGGUUUAGCCAUUUUGGAAAAAGCCAAUGUGAUCUCUCCGAUUAUUGAUAGUAACGGUACUCGAACAUCAGCCGGUACUGUUUCAGCUGGUUAUCAAAAUUUCUUGAUCUGCAUUGAAAUGUUUUGCGCCGCUAUUGCUUUAAGGUACGCUUUUCCGUAUCGGGUGUAUGCACAAGGAUGCGUCACCGAUUCGCGUGGUCGAUCAGUCACCAUGCAAAGUAUUUCCAGUAGCCUAAAAGAAACAAUGAAUCCCAAGGAUAUUAUGACCGAUGCCAUUCAUAAUUUCCAUCCACAGUACCAACAAUAUACACAGUAUAGCUCAGGGGGAAAAAGUGGGCGUGGUAUGAGAUUAUCUACUUACGACCCCGACGAUCCCAUGAGUCCUAGCGGAGGAACGGUGCCUCAGUGUUACAACAGUUUAGAUAACCCCUCAAGACCACCCAUAACGGCAGGACCUCGUGUUUCAACAAUAUCGCAAAAUUACACCGAAAAAACUAUGUUGUUGAGUUCAGACGAAGACAAUUGAAGAUUUAUUUAGUCAAUUUCUAGUGAAUUUGUUUUUAUUUUUAUCUACUGCAAAGAACGUAUUUUUCUAUAAUAGAUUAGCUAUUAUGAUCAUUCCUUUAACCGUCAUGAGAUGUUUCUCGUUAUUACAUGUACUUAACGUAUAUUGCAUAUAAUCGAAAUAAUCAUACGUGUGAUAAGCAUUUUCUCCAUUCAACCGGUGUGUAUUGUCAGUUCCCAACAAAUUACGGCGAAACUCAUUCUCUGACUUCAUUACUUACGUGGAAUCUAAACUAAAAAAAAUGUAAUUAAAGUUUUGUUUUGGCUGUGACGCAAAAUUUUAUCUCAGUAAAAAAGUGGCGUCACAUUACACUUACCAAAACCAACUUAAGUUACAAAAUUUUGGGGAAUGGGCAAAAAUCAAAAACUAUCAAUGUUUAUUCUCUCAAAACCAAAGUAUUUAUGUAUACUAUUUUUAUUUGGUUACCUUUUUUAUUAUUUUAUUAAAGUUGUUAAAUGUUUAUUUAUGAAUA